AUGUAUUCUUACUUAACGCGUUAUGCACGCAGUUGUUAUCGUCGUCGUAUUUUAUUUUCGUUUAUUCUUUUAACGUUUACUGCAUUAUCAUUGCUAUUUUUACCGUUAAGAAAGGACAAUAGAAAUCAACUAAACAAAUAUCAAAAACCGUCAACAAUUGUGACAGUUCCUGCUUCAAACAGAUUUCUGAGGCCAUCCACAUUCUUGCCUAACGAACCUCACAUACGUUCGUUAAAAGGAGGUUUAAUCUGUAAUCGUUCUCGAUUACUAAAUAAUGGAUGUUGUGGCAAGAUAACUUUCAAGAGAAAUUUCGGAAGCGCUUGCCACACCUGCAACAGUAAUCGUUGCUGUGAUCAAUACGAAUUCUGUGUUUCCUGUUGUCAAUAUCGGAAAGAAGCCUUAGACCUGAAAGAAAUAAUCCGUAAUUCACCUGACGGAAUCCAACAACUUCUUACCUCGGCAAAGACCCGCUUCGAGUUUUGUUUAAUCCAGUGUAGAACAUCUUCACGUAUAUUUAGGGCAGCCAGUGAUGAUUUGAGGGAAAUACUGACUGAAGAAGCAUUUCAUAAAAUUAUUCAAUUUGCUGCUUCUGAUCUAUUAGGAUUUAAUUUUACUCAUCAUGUAACCUCGUGGCAAAAUUACCGCGGUUCGACUGCAAGCUGUAAUGUAAAUUCUAAUAGACUUGAAACUGAACAUUGGUUAAAGAAAAAAUUACAAACAAUAUUUGAAAAGCGAAGAAUAAACCUUGCUAGUCCUAUUAAUGGAAUGCAAGAAUCUGAAGCUUUUCUUAAUUAUACCAUUAGAACUUGUGUUAACAGAAUUAACCAGUAUAUCAGUUCAUUAAGUAAUCAGGACAUGCCAAUGAAGCGAGAUAUAACCAAGUUCAGAGUAAGUGAUGUCGUGCCUCCAAUAAUACUUCCAGUGAGAACGUGUGUAUUUAGUCAAGAAAGUGAAACUAUGGGCAGCAUUUUGGCCAAUAUGAUAGAAAUAGAUUUUGAUUUUACCAAGGAAGUAUGCAAUCAUCUUAAUGGCUACCUACUACCGAAAAGUUUAAGACAGAAGCUCUUAAUAAAUGUACUACUCAAUGAAUCGCUAUUAAACGAAAAUAAUUAUGAUGUGAGCCCUAAGACCUUGCUGCAAAAGCACCAAACUGCUUUUAAGGCAUCUAUCGAGCGUGAAAUUAAAACAUUUUUUGACGGCUCCCUGAUUGGAUCAUCAAUUGCCGGACUUUUACGUCAGAAUAUAAGCGGGGUUAUAGCACAGUCACCUGCUAUACGUGAUAAUUCCACCGAAAGGCGAGAAAGGAUAUUAUUUGAAGUUCUGAGUAUCGUCUACGCACAUAAUAAAACUUAUGAGCCGCAAUACAUUUACAAUUUGUAUCCAUUAAUAAUAACAUAUGAAGACGCUUAUUCUUCGAUUGACGAGUUGACCAUGUUUUUAGCCCUGGUGUUCGCUGUGCUUUGGCCAUAUUGUUUCCCAAUUAUAGCUGAAAUUCAUGAAGCCACUGAAAGAGUUUUGGCUAAAUUAUUUUCAGAAGAUAAGCCUUUAAUGUCACAUAUAUCAAAUAUUGCAAAUAUGGAAAAUAUAAAGGAUCUUCCACUAGAGCUAAUGUCUGGAGAACUAAAAAUUAACUUUAACUUCGAUGAAAUUUGCACCGAUAGUUUACAUAAUUCUUCAAGCCAGAUGUCCUUAUUUAAGUAUCUUAUUCGCAAAUGGAUGGUAGAAAUGUUCACAGGAAUUCUUAACUUACCCAGUGUAAUGUUCGUUCUUGAUCAGUUACUUAUGAAUAAAUUCAAGGCUGUCGUAUUAGAAGACGUUAGUUUAUCGUUAAUUAUGCUUUUACGUGAAGACUUAAUGCAGUGUAAGGGCCAUGCUGCGUUACUGAGGACCAUGAUACAAAAACCAUGCAAGCUGUAUACGACUGAUAUACAAGACGCUGUGGCAGCACUUCGUAGCGGUCAGCCUUUGUUUCAAUCGGUUAUCAACCAUCUUAAUAGAAAUGCAUGGCUGUCUUAUUCUGAAAAAUCUACGGAGCUUUCAUUACACGCGUUCCAGCCGUUUCAAUUAAGAAGAAUUACCUUAAGCCUCAAUAUUUCAACGGCUAUUAAUAUGGCCAAAACCGAUAACUAUGACGACAUAGUUCAGUCACAUGCUAUACUGUCUCUCCGAGCAAGUGCCUACGUAAUCUUUAGUAUUCUGUUCGACAACGAAAUUAUAUUUUCAAAGAGAACAAAAUCACAACCGACCGUUGAGAAAUAUUUGGAAAAUAGUCAAUCAAUCAGAUUGAUAUGGCCGAUAUCUGAAAUUAUUUCUUUUCAUGAUAUUCAAUCCCAAUCUGGUUCUCGUGAAGCUCAUGCAAGAAUGUAUAUUGAAUUAAAGUAUCAAACAGAUUUAGAUGGUGACGAUAAAUUGCUAGGAUAUGCUAUAAUCUCUAUGAAAAAAUUACAAAAUGAUAACCCAAAUCUUAUUCGUUGGUCUUUGGAGUCACUCACAUUGAAAAGUGACUUGAUUUCCCUUGAUAAUCAUCAUAAUUCUAACUGGCAGUCCAGCCACUCGCUAGCUUCUGAUAAGUUAUCAAAGUCUAUAAAGUCAUGCAUAAUUGCUUCUGUAGUAAGUGAAAAUCUUUCGGAACAUCUAUCUCUACAAAUGAUUGAUCCCAACAUCUGGACGCCUCAACUUCAGUCAACUGAAACUGUCCAUAUUACUGAAUUAACAAGUGAUCUCGACUUUUAUAUCGACUCAAUCCGUUACCUGCCAGAUAAUGCAACUAUUAUUAAGGUAGCUUAUUCACUUUUUACCUCCUCUUGGGAAAAAAUUAAUUUCGUACCUGCCGAUCAGUCGACUUCUUACCCAAUUCUAACUUCAUCUGCAAAAUGCCCGAAAUUCACAUAUCGAUACUCCUUUGUUUCUGAUAAUAGUGACAAAGAUAUUUUGUGUUGGGAGCGCAACGCAAUAUUGUUAAUUCGCAUUUUGACUGUUGAUCUUCACUUCGGUAAUGUCGCUGUACUCGGAAAUGGAUAUUUACCGAUUUUUACUAGGAUAGAUGAUAAGACAACCCUCAAUUUUGGUGGACACCAGUUGGUAAUUUAUCAAAAUUUACCAGAACGAAAUCAGUCACUAACCAUGGAAAAUAUCGCACGCUUUUGUGUAAAAGUACCUGCAGCAUCUAUUGUAGUAAGGUUGACUCCCCAUACCAAAGACUAUGUUUCACAACCAGAGUAUACAAGUGGAUAUUACAAAACAGAAGCUUGUUAUCCUACGAAGUCUGAAAUAGACGUGAUAAAUCAUUACUUAACUACCACAACCUAUUCUUCUACUGUAGCAGAUAUUACCAAAUCAUUGAUUCUGAAGGAUAAGCCAGUAGUUCGUCAAGCAGCUCAUCACUUAAUGCGUGCAAAUCAUGACAGAUCAACCUUAUCAGCUCAAGCUGUCGGCAACGCUGUUAAUCAGUUUAGGAAAAAAGUCUCUUUAGCGCGCUCUGCUGCUGUUGUUUCUAAAGGAAUAUAUGAUGAUGCAGUAAGUAAUGCAAGUACAAUCAACGAUGCCAAUAGCAUAUCGACUGAGAAUUUAUUGCCAAAGCAACAUAUUAGUACAGAAGCUAAGCAGGAGAUAAAUAUGUACAUAAAGUCUCGUUUUCGUACAAAAGAUCAAUUAUCUUAUCUUGAUUUAUCUCGCUCUGUGCUAUACGAAGAGUCAGUUGGUUUAACAGUAAAACUCGAUAGACUUUAUGGAAUGCAAUCGAAGGGCUACUUAAAUGUCUUCUGUUACACAUGGAUGAAUAAGCGUUCUAAUGAUGAAGGAAACUGUCUUUUACUUUCUCACAAACGAGACUGCUGGCAUAAAACCGCAUCACCUUUAUUCAUCGAUUCCCAGCAUAAAUUUCAGCCUCCAUAUGGUCAUGCUGUUGCUUUAGUCCUUAUGGUUUACGGUGUGGAGAGAUUUAAUUACAUUCCUACUACGAACACGCAAAGUGGAACUACCAUUGCACAAAAUGAUCCAGACUUAGACCCGAAAUAUAUCGGCUGGAGCAUAUUACCACUGUUCAGCAGUAACUGCGUUGCCUGUUCCAAAUAUUUAUUGCCAUUAUAUGACAACUACCCACAGGCGGCUUUGUCAAUAUCUCCGACAAAGACAAUAUCAAGUCUUUUGCAAACAGCUAUCAAGCAGCAAAAAAUUUCUGUUCUACCGACUGCAAGUCUCGAAAUUAGUCUUUGGGAUGGUCACUUUUCCCAGGAUGAAUGCUAUCCGUUGAGGGUAAACAACGACUUCUUCCAGUUGGGUGAUGCAGAUCGACUCCAGAGCACGAUUUUGAGUGAUACUUUUGAGUGUGGAACAUUGAUGGAAUUCUUUAUUGAAUCUCUACCAGAAAAAGAUAAAAAGCCGUCAGAAGAAUUACUAGCAGAUGCAUUUCGUAGUUUCGAAGUACACCUUAAUGAAAUAAUGGAAAAGAAAUUGGCAAGUAGUAUCAUUUAG